UCCUUGUAAAAGACAUAUACUCUGUUUGAGUCAAAUUUGCUUCAUCAGAUACUGCCAUUUUUCUGCAAAUCUUGACUUGACAUGUAUAUAUAGUGAGAGAGACACAGCUUUGAUUUUUCUUUAGAGAGUAGUCAGAGAAAAUGGGUAAUUCUUUUGGGUGUUCGGCCUCCGGCGAACGGUUGGUAUCGGCGGCGAGAGACGGCGAUUAUGUAGAAGCUAAGAUGUUGCUUGAUUGCAAUCCAUGUCUUUCAAAGUACUCUACUUUUGGUGGACUUAAUUCCCCUCUUCAUUUUGCUGCCGCUAAGGGACACAACGAGAUUGUUGCAUUGUUGCUUGAGAAUGGUGCUGAUGUUAAUUCUAGAAACUACUGUGGUCAGACGGCACUGAUGCAGGCAUGUCGAUAUGGACAUUGGGAAGUUGUUCAAACCCUUCUUCUCUUUAGAUGCAAUGUUACCAGGGCAGAUUAUCUUAGUGGAAGAACAGCUCUCCAUUUUGCAGCAGUGAAUGGACAUGUUAGAUGCAUAAGACUAGUGGUGACUGAUUUCGUUCCUAGUGCCCCUUUUGAGUCUAUAAAUUCUCAAACAAAUGCUGACAGGGGUGACAGUUCAAAUUCAAAAAGCAAGCAUGAGCAAAGUGCACUGUCAAAAUUUGUAAAUAAAGCUGCUGAUGGUGGUAUUACUGCUCUUCAUAUGGCUGCAUUGAAUGGGUAUUUUGAUUGUGUCCAGCUCCUGCUUGAUCUCAAUGCAAAUGUAUCAGCUGUGACAUUUCACUAUGGGUCAUCGAUGGAUCUGAUAGGAGCUGGAAGCACUCCUUUGCACUAUGCUGCCUGUGGCGGAAAUCUGAAAUGCUGCCAGAUCCUUAUUGCAAGAGGUGCCAAUCGAUUGACAUUGAACUGCAAUGGGUGGGUUCCUCUCGAUGUUGCCAGGAUGUGGGGGCGUCAUUGGCUUGAACCAUUACUUGCACCAAAUUCUGAUUCGAUAAUUCCACCUUUUCCAUCUUCAAGUUAUUUAUCAUUGCCUCUCUUAAGUGUGCUUAACAUCGCAAGAGAGUGUGGGUUGCAGUCUUCAGGAACCUCUUCUGAUGAUUCUGAUACUUGUGCUGUUUGCCUGGAGAGGGCAUGUUCUGUGGCUGCCGAAGGUUGUGGGCAUCAAUUGUGUGUAAGAUGUGCACUCUAUCUUUGCUCGUCAAGCAACAUCCCAUCUGAAUUAUUGGGUCCGCCUGGAUCCAUUCCAUGUCCACUUUGCAGACAUGGCAUUGCUUCAUUUGUAAAACUCCCUGGAUCUCCUGCAAAGGAAAUUAAAUUACAUCUAUCCCUUAGCUUAUGCACACCAUGCAUGCUUCAUCCUCGUGACCAAGAACGAUCAACACCGCCUAGCGCACAUGAAAUUAGAAAGAAUCGUGUUGCUUCAGUGUCUUCAGAUCUUUUCUGUCCUGUGACUUGUAGUCCAUUUCCCUCUGUUGCAAUGCCUUUGUGUACCUGUGAUGAUGGACCUUCGCCAACCUUGGAAUCAAGAGAAAAUGAUACUCAAGAAGAAACUCCUAAUCAGUCACAGUCCACAUCAACGGAUCAUGACAAAAUGAAUGUGAGAUUGGAGAAAACUACCUGCUCGAACAUGUUUUGGGGCAGAAGAAGCUGCAGCAGGGAGCAUCAGUGUAAUGCUGAGAUUAAUGCUUAAUAAGCUUGCCUUGGUUCCCGAGUAGAAGAAAUUUUGAUCCAAGCAGAGUAGCAAUCUUUCUUGCAGCUUAUAUAAUGGAUCCAGCACUCCGGUAUCUUGAAUACCUACGUUGAUUAUUUGGACUCGGGGCUUGUAAAGAAUUCACUAGUAGGAAAUUGGAGUAUUGCAAUGGAGCAUCACUGGAGAGCUGUCUAAUCUUGAGAUUGUUGUUAGAUUAUUCUUCACUGUUGUAUGUAGUGCUGCUAUUACUAGUCUGGUUGAAGCAGAUAAAUUUUUAACCUGUUUGUUCCAGUACAACCCCAUCAAGUUACAAAAGAUAGUUUGAGUACUAGUGGGGUUUGUGAAGGUAAACCUUAGAUAUCUGUAAACUGACAAAGAUAAGAGUUGAAUAG